UCGGCUCUCAGUCACGACGUCCACUCCGCGCGGUCCGCCUGCCGUUACCCGCGGCGCAAGUCCAAAUAAACUCUAUCUUCUUCUUUACAAACCACAAAAUUGCAUGACAGUGCGGUUCUUUUUUCAAAAAUCAAGCGGAAAACGGCGAAACGCGUAUCAGUUCCAAAAUCAAAAUUGUGUGUUUCGGUGAAAAGGGUGCAAUUGUUUUGCAGGAUUUAAGGAUAUACUAGCCAGGAUUCUUUUUGAUUGAGAAUUGGCAUCUCAUCCUGGUCCGGAACCACAGCACGAACGACAAUCGAUACAUACCAGCGAUCCGUACAUAGUACGAGGCCAAAGACCGCGGACGCUCGGGGCACAUCCCGAACUGAGAAACGACGCCGGUGACGUCACAAGAUGGCGUCCACCGACACCUCGACCGCCAGCAGCCAGAUCUCCGCCGGAGCUCCCGAGGAGCACAAGCGAACCGUCGACGAAGCAUUCCUUAACAAACUAAAGAGCCUCGUCGAGAGGUUGCGACUUGAAAAUGUGACCUUAAAGAAAUCGCUCGACGUCGAGCGGAGCGAAGUACGAGCCCUGAAGGCUCACCACGAAAGCGCACUUAGAAAUAUAAAGACUGAACACAAAAAGAAAGAGGAAACCCUAGAGAAACAAAUACGUACAAAUAAGCCAGAUAGAGUCAACGAAGAUAGUCAAGCUAACAAAAUAGUAGAACUAAAAAAGUUGACGAUGGAAAUUCAGUCUUUAAAAGCUGCGAACAAGGGUCUUCAAGAGAAACUUAAGGUCGCUCAGGCGGCGGAGUGCGCGCGCGCAGCCGAGUUGCGCGCGCAAGCGGCCAAGCACGAGGCGCUAGAGCACGCCGCGCGCAGGGACGCACGAGCACAAUGCCAUAAGCUGCUGGAGGAAAUAAAAUCGAAGGAGCGGGUGAUAAUACAGCUGAGGAGAGAAGCGGCGCGGGCGACGACUCUCCAGAAUGAACAGAACCAAAGGAUGGAGGGUGUCGUCGAAGCGAGCAGGAAACUGCGAGUUGACCAGGGUAAAGAGAAGACCAACCGCGAAGAUUUGAAAACAGACAUACAGCAUAGAAAAGAAACAUUUUACAGGGAGAACCCGUCGGACGAAGAUUCCGCGGUAUCAUCAGCGCCUGCUUCUCUCUCGCCACAACCGCUCAACGAUAUGUGGUCAUGCGGGCAAUGCCGAUCGGCGGCGGAGCGCGCGGCCGCGUCUGCGCGCGAGUGCUCGCGGCUAGCGGACGCACUGCGCGACGCGCGCGAUCAAAUCGAGCUCAUGGAGUUCAGACUUCUGGAGUUGGAAGACGCGCACCCUGAUAAGGGAACUAGGGACAACCUGACAGAUUCUGACUCAGGCUGUGUGUCUCCGGGGUCCCGUAUCAAGGACUCCGCGUCGCCUGAGCUCAAGCGGAUGGACUCCGGCUACAAGUCCCCACACACACCUAGCAGCCCUUGCAACCCCCGAAGGCAUUUAGGCACCCCCCACGAUGACUUCAAAGAAGACUUUGCGAAGGCACAAGUCCUGGCCGACAUAUUGGACAGGAACUCAGAAGCCAGUGAUUCGUUGAAGAGCAACCCAGUGAAAGACCACCUCGAGCAAAUGAUACUGAACGCAGCAUCCGCGGAGGAUAGGACGUGCUUAGAGCAAGUCCAGAUGUUGCUCUACAAUUUCCAAGCUUUAAGUAGUUCCGUCAGUGAAGAUGAGUGCUAUCAAGCUAAACCUAGAAGAUUAUGUGAUCUGAAAUUGAAAUCUGAACCUGACAUUCCAUCGCACAAAAUUCAAAAGGCAAUCGCAACAGUAACACCAUACCAACAAAAAGGUUAUAAGUGCGAAUCCCUAGAAAGUCUUUGUAGCGAAGAGAGGAAACCGAAUAACGUUCUACAAGAGAGUGGAAUUUUCGAAGAAGUUGAGACAGAGUGUAAAAGUACACAGACAGACGUCAACGAAAGUUUCGAAUGCAGCGGUGAAUUGAACACCGAAAUACAGCGACUGAAUAGUAUAAGAGAGAAACUUGAAAGGCAAGGUGUUAGAAAUAGAACAUUAAGUACUAAGGACGAUGGAGAUGGCCUGGAGUGCAGGUGCGUGAAGUUGGGGAAGAAACACAAGCAGUAUUACGAGAGGAGGCUUAAGUUUUUGGAGGGAAAAAUCUCGAUAUAUGAAGCAGCACAGGACGUGAAGGAGGCUAAGUUAGCGCAAAGGUUACAGAAAGAAUUCCAGCUUGAGAAUCGAAUACAGGAGCUUGAAUCACAGCUUUCAGAACUUCAAGAGAAGUAUGAAAGAUUAGAGGAAGAUUGUUGUGAAUUAGAAGAAAUCGAAAAUGACACCCGAUUGCAUUGGCAGCAGCUUGAAAUGGACUAUGAGCUUUGCUCAGCACAACUAAGAGACAUGACAGAGCAGCGUGAGUGUUCAAGGGCGCAAGCCGAAAGGCUUAUGGGCGAGCUUAGUAAAAGGGAAUGUACUUUGAAAGCUAGAGAGAAUGAACUUUUAACGAGGCUGGAUAAGUUAGAAAAGGCAGUUCCAGCGUUAAUAGCAUGGAAUGUCGUGCAAGCUAUUGGAGUUAACAUGUCGCCAGGGGGACAGCGAGCGCUGAUCAGUCGAAUGGCGCCGUACAGCCAAGACACGAAGGCGUUCAUAGCGCAAGUGAAGCAGGAGUCGCAGAAGCCAGCCGGCUGCGGCGCGCUGGUGGCGUGGAAUGACAUCAACACGUCGUCCGCGCCCACGACCAAGGAGUUGGAACAACAAGUUCUCAAACUCAUAACAGAGAAGAAGCAAAUUGAGGAUCAAACAGGAAAAAUCAGGAAGGGACUUGAGAAAAGGAUAAAGGAAUUAGAAGAAGAGUUGGAAACGACCAAACGGCAAAUGGCGGCGGCGGUCUGCGGCGCUGAAGUCAAGAAAGGAAAGUUGAAUGAGCAGAUCAACAAGAUUGAAAACGAAAUCCUCAAGGAGAAAGAAAACGAGAAGCUGCCAGUAGAUCCAACUAUGGGGAGCAAGAUACGAGCGCUACUGAUCACCGAGCAGGAGUUGAAGAGCAGAGUGGCAGAGCUGGAGCGACGCGAACAAGCUUACCUGGAGAUGCUCACUCAGGCCGACGACAUGUGGGCGGAGAUGGAAGGCGGCUACAAGAAGAAGAUCGAGGAGUCGCAGACCACGGAGAAUCAGUUGAAAGGGAAGGUAAAGAAACUGGAAUCCGAGCGGGACACUUACAAGAAGUGUUUUGAACCAAUGAAGAAGAAACUGCGAGAAGUAGAAGAAUCCGAAUCUGGUCUCCGUAUAGCCUUGGAGAAGUCCGAAAGAGAUGCAAAGGCGUUGAAGGCUCAAAACACCAACUUGGUGGCAAUGUUUGGCAAAGCAGAUACCGAGGCCAAGAAAUCUGAAACGGCUUUCAAGGCUUUGGAUGCGAAGUUUAAGAAAGAAAUGGAGCAGCUGCGGAAGAUCAACAAACAGCUGGACGACGAUCUGAAGAGCCACAGGGAGUCUUCCAAGAAGACAGAGGUCAGCUUCAUGGGUGACCUGGAGUGCAUUCGCAAGGAGCUGCACAGGACGUGCAAGAACAACCAAGAUUUGGAAGUCACCAACAGCGAACUGAAGGAAGAGGUGGAAUCUCUGGAAAAGCAGCUAGCUAUAACUCAGAAAGCAUUGCAACAGUGCAAAAGGAAAUGUGACGAAAAAAUCAAAACUCUCAGCCACGAGUUGUCGAUAAAAACUGAGGAGUUAGAGGAAUUGAGGAGUGAGACUAUGCGGCAGUCGUACCACGCGUCGCGAGUGGAACUCCAGCCGGAGAGAACGGAAUACAUAGACGAGGGCUAUUCAAUAUAUACGGCCGUGCCAAAGAAGACCGACUAUGGGAGGAUGCAUCACAGCAUGAGCUACAUCACCUCGGACGCCAGGUGCUCCUGCCCGUCCAUGAGGAGCCAGCUAGUCAGCCAACUGAUCGAAGACCUGUUCGAUAGAAUACAUAACACCGCAGACGACGAUCUGACGAGACUCUGCAAAGACAUAACCCCCGUCUGCGGCAGAGAAGUGACUGUUGAAACCAAAGCAAAAAUUACUAAUUACCUCUUAAUGGCGAUUUCGAAGGAGCUCGUUAGGUCCAUAGGAGACGCCGACGCUAAGACUGAUACAGAGGAGUGGCAGCGCGCCGUGUCCUCGAUGACGUAUGCCGUGCCGGGCGCGGGCGGCGAGUUCGCGUCGCUGCGGUUGGCGGGCAACGCGGGCGUGGUGCACGGCGCCGCGCGGCUGGCCAGCGUGAGUUGCGCGUGCGCCGCCGCGCGCCUGUGCGCCGCCGUGCCCGAGAUAGCGGAUAGCGUCAAGCUCUGUCAGGAGGAAGUGCUAGACCAUGGAGAUGUUAAGAUUAUGGAGGAGCAGUUAGCGAAUGCCAUUGAAAGUAUUGUUAAUUGUCCAUCUUGUGCGUUGGGUACAAAUGCGAUAGUUUGGAGCACAGACGUUUAGAGACGAUAGUUGUGCGAAUUUGUGUGUUAAACCUCCACCGACCUCACUCUGGUGCCUUCAUUAGUUAAGCCAGUUAAAUAUAACGAAAUGUACAUAAUGUUUGUAUUAUAGAAUUAUAAUAAUACUCUUUAUAAUAAACGUAAGCGAAACAUAUCGAACAAUCGUACCUUCAAUCGAUGUAAAAAAAUCGAACAAUUAAUUUUUAAGGUCACAUCACAUUAGCGAUUUUAUGUAAGUUGACUGACAGUUUUAUUGAUAUUGGGGAAUCUUGUAUUUUUUUCACCGGUACUUUGCAACUUUUUCGCGGGGUAUUUAUUUCUCUUCACAGAACGCUUUGUGACUAAUUUAGCCAAUGGCAUUAAUCGCCUAUGGAGUUUUUAAAAGCUAAAUAAUGAAAAAUGCCUGGUAAGCUGAAUAUUCUGUCCCCAGAUUGUAACACGUCCGCUCUUUGUUGUCAAAUAUUUUUAUUUCGAAUCUCAGACUGCAAUUUAUUGACCUUUGCAAAAGUUUUAAAAACUUGUAAAGUGUUAAGGCGCCAUUAUGGCCUUUCGAGUCGCUAUUUGGGUUAAAACAAACUUGUUUUAGAUACCAAAUGCAAAGAGACUAAGCGCGUUAGUCUUCAAAAAACUUUAAUCGCUUGUGUGAUACCUACUACGGAUUUUUUGACUCAUCGUUUUUCGUGCCAAUAAUUUUAUUGCGUUUUCGAAGUUUUUUUUUCCGUUGUAAAUAGUUUUGACAAAUCAAUUUGUUAUUUUGUAUCUAACGUCACUCACGAAUUAGCGAUUUGUAUCUUUGUCUACUUUAAAAAAUGAUUUUAUUUACAAAAAGAUUAAUUUUAUUCGACGAAUUAAAAAAUAUUAUUUAAA